AUGUCCCCAACCCCAGACGUGGACGAGUGCCAGCGCGGGGCCGUCUGCGCCGGCGGGCGCUGCCUCAACACCGACGGCUCCUUCCAGUGCCAGUGCCCGGCCGGGUUCCGCACCGACGACGCCAAGGCCGAGUGCCGCGACGUGGACGAGUGCCAGGAGUACGGGGCCGGGCUCUGCGGGGCGCAGCGCUGCGAGAACAUUCCGGGCUCCUAUCGCUGCGUGCCCGAGUGCCAGCCGGGAUUCCGGCCCGGAGACGGCGGCGACUGCCUCGACGUGGACGAGUGCUCCAACGGGACCCUGUGCGGCGCCCACGCCACCUGCCACAACCUGCCCGGCUCCUUCCAGUGCGCCUGCGACCCCGGCUACGAGACCGCCCGGCACGGCCACCACUGCGUGG